ACCGAGGUUGUCAAGGAGUCAACACAGAGACUGUGCACCAUUUCUCCAUCGCUACAAUCCAAUUGGAAUUUUACGCUAACACAAGCAAGAAUAACAACAAAAAAUUGUAAGAAAACCGAUUAAUUUGUGUGAAACGAAAUAAAAACCGAAUCAUUUGUUGUGAAAAGUAAAAGAAAGUGACUGGUUUGAAAAUCGAUUGAAAAAUUUGACAAAUUGAAAAGAAGAAAACGAAAAUUGUUUUGGAUUUAAUCCAUUGCGGAUAUAUUUUUUUGUCAAUGCGACAAAACCGAGAUGAUAAUUUCAAUCCGAUUUAGUCGCAUCAAUAGAACACCAUCGGAAUUGUGCCAGUGUUUUUGUGAAAACUUUAAACUAGCAAAAUACAAAAUUGCCAAUAAUUUAUGCACAUGAGAUAUCUGCGUUUGGAUAAGAGACGGAGACAGUGCGUUGAAAUUUGAUCAAAGUUGAAUAAAUAGUCUCGAGUGCUGUACACCUGUUAGAUUAGACAAUCAAAUGAUUGGGUGCCAUUGAGAAUCUGAGAACAUCAACAAUUACCGCAUUAGGUAAUGAUCAAAGUGGACAUUUGUUGUUUAGCUUCUUUAAUUGCUGCUAUUUAAUCCAUCGUAGUAAAGGAAUAACACUCUGUCAGCACCCUCACCUGAAAAAACACAUAAAAGCAAGUCGGCUGUCCUUGCUUGUAUAAAUAUAAUCGAAAUAUUGCAUGUCAGUGUGAAUACCGAAUUAAAAUAAAAUCAUAUUCCCCAGUGCGUCUGAAUAACUGGUAUUUUGUGGCCAAAAGUAACGAUACCGCAGAAUUCCUCCCGGGUAAUUCAUCUCCGAAAAUCCAGCCAAAUACAUACACAAACACACACUGCUAGGUUAAUGGCAGUGAUGUUGUUUGGCGCAGUGAAUUAAUCGACAAAAGAAAUGCAAACAAUGUGGUGAGAAUAAAGUUAUAAAUCAAGAAAUUAAAUGAAAAGAAUAACACAAAUGAACAAGAAAAGACCAUAAAAACAUAACACACUGUAGGAAAUCGAGCACGAUUUCCGUUUCAUUAAAUAUUCGUCGAAACUUCGAAUUACUCGUAAUAAUAUGGUUUAACAAAUAAAAAUAUUAAGAGCACUUAAUAACAGACAAGGCCCAUCGUUCGAUGAACACAGGAAAAUUGUUGAAUUUCGUGAAACCGGUGAAAUAAUCGAAUAUUAGACAAGUUGUGUUGAGACGGCAUAUUGGUGUUGUUACCUAAUUGCUAUAAUCGAACAAAUUGAAUGGUUUUUCGAAUUUAUUGUGAUGAUUAUAUGCCGAGUAUUGGAAUGAAAUGAAAACUUUGUUACGUGUGAAUCACAUCAACUGAUCAACUUGAUCCCAUUUUAUUAUUAGACGUUUUCCACGAAACUUAUUUAUUUAUUUGGUCAUCGAUAAACUUGUGCUCAUUUUAUUGAAAAAUCUAUUGUGACGCCAGGAUUCGUGACUAACGCCGACCAAUUACCGUGUUUAAAACCAGCGAAAUUGUAUCGAUUGGUGUGUGUAUGAUUUGUGUUACUGUGAAUUUAGUUGAAUUGGUGAUGAUGACGAUAAUCAUUUGAAUCGAUUGCCAUAGUAUUCGAUACCAACAAGUAUUUGUGUGUAUUUAACGCGCGGCAUGGUGCUUUGUAGCGUUCCGCAUUACCAAUUUUAAUUGCAUAAAAGACCAUCAUUAAUUAUUGUCACUCGCACACUGUCGCCGUCAUUAGCGGAAUAAUUCAACCGUUACAUAAAUAUUGUAAAAUAAACCAAACGAAUGAAAUCGAUUCGAUUGAUUUGGUGUUUGAUGUAUUUGGUCUAGUUCUAUUUGAAUUUCAAAUUAACAUUAAUUCGGUGGUAUUGAUAUCGAACUAGCCGAUUGCACGGUAUGCCGUCGGCAUCGAAGUUAAUCGUUGACUAUGAGAGUUUAUUUGCUUGGACAAGUGACAACUUUGUGAAUUGUUAAGUGACGCACACAGUAUUUCAAAGAGAAAACCAGAUAAUUUUUGGAAGUGGGAGUUGAGUAAACGUUCUAUGACACUUCUAUCCAGAAGAAUUUUGUUGUGCGUAUGGUAAAUACAAUCGAGAAGAGAAAUUGUGGUACAAACAAUUACCAUCGCUCAUCUAAACAAAUAGUAGUUAAUUAUUUAUCGUGAAUUCCAAAGCAGUUUAUGUUAGUGAUACAAUAGCGACGGGCGAUUGCCUACUUGUUGUUUUUAAUCGAAACAACAUUUAUCCUGAACAAGUGAUACCACAGCAGCAGCCGACCAGAUUAUAUGGACGCCACCAUUGGAUAGACCUUUAAAAAAUACCUCCUCUUUCCAGUUCGACCACUAACAAAAGGGGGUUUAACUUUUUUUUCUCUACAUUGAGCCAAGCCAAGCCAUUCAUCGUGUUUAUGGUAAAUACGAUAUCGUUUUAUGAUAAAUUGGCGAUCAAAUUGUACAAAACAAAAUAACGAAAAUCGCUUUAUUCGGCCUGAGAAGCUGCCAAAAAAAACGAACAAAGUUAUUUAAUAAUUUGUUUUAUUAUUUAAAUUGGUGAAACAAAAAGUGGAGAGUGUUCGUGGAAGGUGAACGGGAAAAAGGGCAUUGAAAUUUCCAUUCAUUUUUUUUUUUUGAGUGAAAAACUCCAGUGUCGCAUUAAAGGACCGACAAAAAACAGUUCUGAUUAAAAAGAUAUUACCGAGCGUCGAUCGAGCACAACGAGAGAAAGAGAGAGAGAGAGUGUUUGUGGAAAAAAGAGAGAGCUGACAGCGUUGGCAAAACCACGCGCCGUUUGAACAUUUGUUAUUUCACAUAAUUUUUGGUUUUCGUUGCAGCUGUUUGCUUUUUUUGACAUGACAGCGGGCAAAAAGCCAGCAUCGAAUUCAAACCAACUGACAAAAUUGUGAAUGGGACGAUAAAAAAAAGUUAAAAAAAACAUACACAGACAGCCAUUGAAGAGCGGGGAUCGAGUCUUUGGAAUAACUGACAGUGAAAAACAAACGAAAAAUAAAUUCGUUCAAACAAAAACUGCAUUCGAACAAAAGUGGCUGGGUGAUUGUUCGUGAUUUAAUCGGUUUCCAUGCGUUUUUCCAAUGAUAACAACCAACGAUGGUUAUUUAUUAUCACUGGUUGGGACAUAAAACACCGGAGAACUGCGUUACGGCAACACAUCAAGGCAUCGAUUGUCUCUCAAACCACCAUCAUUCCAACAACAAUACCGUGAACGGGCCCACAUUGUCAAUUCAUUUGCACAAGAACUGUUCAAUCGAUUACAUGGCAUUUUGAAUAAAACGCACCGCUGACAUUGCGACGGUUAUAUGUACAACAAAAGAGAAUAUAUAAAUAAGAAAAAUCGAAUUCCGUGAAAUUUAUCGCGAUAAAAAAAGGCGAAUACAAAAGAAGAAUUCACCAAAUCAAUUCCAAAACGUAAGAACUCGUCGUGAAACUAUUGUGUGUCGUUCUGGCGAAGGGAGUGCUGUAGAUAAUUACAUUUUGAUUGAAUGAAUUAUAUAAUGGACUGAAUUGUGUUUGUUUGGGUGACGAUAGAGAGAAAAUCUAAAUAGCAAUACGAUACGCAUAAAAUUAUAAUUGAACGCAAGAGAAGAAUUGACGAACAAAUUCAAAUGAACGAAUACGCAUUGAUUAAAAUAGUUCAGUGCGAUUUAUCGCGUGUGUACUAAACAUAAACUCUCAUUCAAUAUCAAUGGCUUUAUUUAUGAUUUUUCGAUUCGACAUAGCCGCAUAUUGAUAUAAAUAUUGAAUUCAUCAAAGUCAAAAGCAUACAGCGAACGCGGAAACAAAUUCCCAUCAUUUCCGAAACCGUUUUUUUUUCCUGUUGGUUUGGUUUUAUUGUCUGAGAGAAAAAUGAGUUCAUUACGAAAACAAAUAGUGUGGCCGUUUUGAGAAUAAACAAUGCCGAUUGUAAUCAUCAUAGAAUAUUUAAUGAAUGGCUCAUGCGCCGAUUCCCACACCGAUAUUCUGAAGGCUCCGUUAAAUUAGUCAAUGGUAAAUAAUCAAAAAAAAAAUAACCCAAAAACCGAAAAAAGACGACGACGACGACGAUAACAACGACAAAAAGGAACGUUUACCUAAAGAAGCAAACAAAAAGAGCACAGUCAUUUGGCGACGCGUAAUCAAUCCGACGAAAAACGUCUCAAAAAUUAUUAUUGAACAACACGAUCAAAAAUAUUCGACAAAAAUAAACAGUCAACAAGAAGAAGAAGAAUGAAAAAAGAAAACUUUGAUAAAACCAAGGUGAAUUAUUCACAUCGAAACAAAAGGUGAAAUCCAAUCAUCACAAUUGACCGCCGAGAAGGGAACUUUGGCUUGAGAUUAAUUCAUUUUAAAUGUUGGGCGUAUUUUGUUCGUAUCGAUUGCGUGAAUAUUUUACGGCUUUCGAGCAAAUUGCUGCGUAUACGAAAAGUAUGAUAAUAUUCGACCACAGCGUGUGACCUGUAUCUGUCAUUUUGCAUUAAGCCAGAUUCAUGCGGAUCGACCAUAACACACGAAAGCGAUAAGAUAACUUUCAAAGUAUACAGACGUUACAAACAAGUGAUAGCCAAACUGAAGUAAUACCAACAGAUCAAAAAAUAUUUGUGUGUACUAAUUGUACGGACUACGAGUUCUAACUCGACAUCACUUAUUAUACCCCCUACGUUUGAUAGGAAAAGCCGUAAAACAGUCACACAUUUUUUGCUUCAACCCCAAAAAAGAAGCAACAUUUCCAAACACAGUGCAAUUAUAGAAUGGAUAUGGAUUAUUACAUCGGAGCAUUCUAUAUACAUUUGGUGCUAUUUUUGGCUGCGGUGUCAAGGACGAUGUGUGGUGAGAACAGCGUACAUUAUUGGGAGACGCCGUAUGCACAGCCAUUUUUUGAUAACACAACCAAACGAGACGUUACCGCGACCGUUGGACAACCGGCACUGCUCCAUUGCAAAGUACGCAAUCUGGGCGAUCGAGCGGUGAGCUGGAUUCGAAAGCGUGAUUUGCACAUACUCACCGUGGGCAUUCUGACCUAUUCAUCGGAUCAACGAUUCCAAGCCAUGCAUCAGGAGGGUUCCGAUGAGUGGACACUUAAAAUAACAUCGCCGCAACCGCGCGAUUCGGGCACAUAUGAAUGUCAGGUAUCAAUGGAACCGAAAAUCAGCCAAGCAUUCCGUUUGAUGGUCAUCGUUUCACGAGCAAAAAUACUUGGCAACUCGGAAAUAUUUGUUAAGAGCGGCUCUGAUAUCAAUUUAACAUGUGUAGCGAUUCAUUCGCCAGCGCCGCCAUCAUUUAUCUAUUGGUACAAAGAAGGACGUGUCAUCAAUUAUUCACAGCGAGGCGGAAUUUCAGUUUUGACGGAACGUAAAACACGAACGAGUAAAUUGGUUAUUUCAAAAGCGAUGUCAUCCGAUUCGGGAAAUUAUACAUGCAUACCAAGCAGCUCGGAUGCAGCAAGUGUUUUGGUGCACGUAAUCAAUGGUGAGACGCCUGCUGCUAUGCAGUAUGGUAACAGCAGUGCAAGUAGUCUAUUUUUUCAGUCGAUUUUUGGUGCAUUCUUUGGACGUAAUCGUAAUACGGACACAAUUCGCAUGGGCAACGACGAUCACCGCCAAAUACAUAUUAACGCUAUGGCCACUGAUGAUGCCGGUUCCAUUGUUUCAGCAUCGGAGCGUCGUCGGCUAAAUGAAGCAGUUAGCACUGAUGCAGCAACAGCCAUUGCGCAAAAACACCGGCUACACAUUGAUUACAGCGACAGCAUCACAUCGUUGCCAAUAAAAAUGGCGCAUCAUGUGUACGAAUUAUUAUCAGGUCAAUUGCACAUAAUUAUCCAUACGAUUUAUAAACAAUUUCCAAACACGAUACUCUGCUGGAUGUUCCAUUACAUUAUUGGCACGGUGUCUAUCCAUUUGCUGUUGGCGACGAAUAAUAGUUGAUUUUAAGAAUGAAAAACGUUUCACAUGAAAAUCAAAUCACAUGGAUUUUAUACUACGUGAUUGAAGUUUGGGGUCGGGAUUAAAAUGCGAUCCAUCUGAGCUGUGUCUCACUGGCUCGGCCGAAAGAUGGUUGAGAGAGUCUUAAAUUGUAAAUAAUAAAUAACAUGUACUCAAUUGAUCGACGGAUUUUAUGGUAAAAUCAAUCAUUUUAAAGCAUCUAUAAAUGGAUGGGCAUUUUGUGGUAAGGCUUUGAUAGUGGCACACCAACCAAAAAUUGUUUUCUUUUCCGAAUUCUAAUAAAAUGUUUUUAGACAACUGCAUGGCUACUGCAAUGCAACAUACAAACCAAAACAGCAACUCUAACACAUUCUAUUAAUAUUGAUAAUAUUUUGUGCAUCAAAACCAAAUUCGAUGGCGGUGAAAGUAGGGCAACAAAAGUUUUGCGAAUCGAAGAAGAUCAAAGUUUUCAAUAGCAUCAUCAAUUCGAACAAAAGCCAAAACUUUCGAUUUGAAACCCAAUUCGUAUUAAUCAUCAUUUUUCAUGGAGUUCACACAAUAAACAAAACAGAGAGAAAAAUUCGAAAUAUUUUCACAAUAAAAUACUAUCUUCGACUUAAGCGAUCCACAAUUUAGGCUGUGAGAAUGAAAAUGGCAAUACAGGAAUGAACAUUCUGAAGCGCAUCAAGAAAAAAAAAUUCGCAAAAGUGAAUCAUGAGUUCUGAAUACGCAAAAGUGAACCAUGAACCUCCUAUGCUGCCCAUGUAAAUUCAUGUUUCACUUUUGCAUAUUCAGAACUCAUGAUUCAUUUUUGCGAAUUUUUUUUCUUGAUGCGUUUCAGAAUGUUUAUUUCUGUAUUGCCAUUUUCAUUCUCUCAGCCUCAAUUAUUACCAACCAAAAAUAAAAUGGUUCACUGAAACGAAAUCCAACGUUUUAUUUUCCGUACGUACGUAUUUCCCUCAACUUUUUUAAUGAUGUCCUGGGAAAUAUGUGCAAAUUGCAGGGAGUGUAACUCCGAGGAGGAGGAAUGGUGGGGAGGUGAAUGAGGAGGAGGAGGAGAGCGCUGAGGAGGUUCCUCCUCCUCACAUGAGGAGGAAAUAAAAAUUACCAAAAUUGAGGCAUAUAAAUUUAUUUUAAACAUUUUAAUUGAUUUGGAACGAAUGCCAAUGAUGAAAAGCUACGAUCAAAAUCAAUAGAAGUGUUUAAAAUGAAUUUAUAUGCCUCAAUUUUGGUAAUUUUUAUUUCCUCCUCAUGUGAGGAGGAGGAACCUCCACAGCGCUAUCCUCCUCCUCAUUCACAUCCUCACCAUUCCUCUUCCUCGGAGUUAAACUCCCUGGCAAAUUGAAUGUUCGCAUAGCGAUUAAAAUUUGGAUGGCAUCCCUAAUUGGUCCAGCUCUGAUUUUCUUGCCCACGGCCGCUCAAGUUACAAUGGAACACAUGCAAACGGCCGUACGGAUGACGUAAAUGAAUGAUUGUUCACUUUUUUUCUUUCACUCCCUCCAAUCACUUCAGUUUCAUUUUUUUAUUACCAAAAUUUCAAUUGGAUUUUCAUGAGUUAUUAUGCAAUGAUAACAUUCAAUUCAAUCAACAACUAUGCAAACAUCGACAACAACAAACAAACAAAUUCAACCCAAAAACAAAUACAAACAACAUUCAUUUAUGUAUUCACACGUAUAUAGACAAAUAACGUUUCGAAUAAAAAUAACUACAUAGCGUAAAUGAAAAGUGUAUUUUAAUUGAGAUACGAUUCAAUAAUAUUAACUCCCCCCAUAUUCAAUAGCCGAAAUAAACAAAAGAAAGAAAUAAAACAAUGGCAGCAACAGCAAGUUAUGUGGAAAAAAUCAACACAUUUCCUCCCUGAUAAUAAUAAUAAUAAUGAUAUAAAUGUGUGUAUUGAUUAAACAGACGAAUAAAAGAAAAUCACAAUAAUGAGUGCGAGAGAGAGAGAGAGAGAGAGAGCGAGCGAGCGAGAGCGAAAGAUGAAAAACGAAUGCAUCUAUGGACUAAAGGCAUAAAAACGGAUGAUUUUUUUAUUAUUAUACAAUCAUUUCUGUCAACAAUUAAGAUAAAUGAACUCUACUUCGCAUAUGUAUUUAAAUAAAGAGCAAACUGUCAGAGAUAAAAGAUGGAAAAUUGCUGAAUGAUGUCGUUGUGGAGUGAAAAAAAAUACCAUACCGAAGCACAACCAACAGACACACAUAUAUUAUGUGAUUCGGUAUGAAUCGAUUUGCAGUAUGGAGAAUUGAUUGAGUAGCGACGAAAAUUGUAUGAAAAUUUUCUAAAUAUAUAAAAUAUCAACAACAUUCUCUCAUUCUAUGCCAUUUAAAUAAUAAUACAUAAUGAAUGAAUGAUGAAAAAAAAUGAAACUGUGAAAUGUAAUUCGAAACCAUUCAUUUACAUAAUAUGCUCUAUAUACUGCAUAUAAUGACAUCAAACAGAAGAAUUUAAAACCAAAAAAAAACUUCAAAAAAAAUAAAAAUGAAACACUACAUGUAUUUAGUAACCCCAUUAAUUAAAAUUUUAAAUUAGAUUUUUAAGAACCGCAUCAACAUUUCAUCCAAGUAUGAAGUAUAACAGAAGAGAAAAACAGUACAGACAAUUACCGUACAUAAUAUAAAACAAAAUCAUUUAA